CGCUGUGGUCAUUUUUUCUCUUUCCUUUUUAGUACAUUGCUUUUGGCUUUCGUCUUCAUGUUCCCUCUAUAAGAACAUCUAUUCAUGAUUUCAUAGUUCUAACUACUAAACUCGAGCAUAGUUGGUAGAAAAGCUGAACUCUUGAUCCAAAUUAACCACCAUGCCUACACAUUCCAAACCUUCAUUCCUCCUCUGCCUUUCCCUCAUCGCCAAUGCAAUAUGCUUUGCUGUUUCGCAGCCCUUCAUCGGCGUAAACUACGGCCAGGUCGCCGACAACCUUCCGCCGGCUGAGGCCACGGCGGAGCUCCUGAAGUCGACGACCAUCGGAAAAGUCCGCCUCUACGGGGCCGACCCGGCGACCAUCAAAGCGCUGACAAACUCCGGCAUCGGAAUCGUGAUCGGCGCGGCGAACGGCGAGAUAGCGAGUCUAGCCUCCGAUCCCGAGUCGGCGACUCAGUGGGUGAACGCGAACGUGUUGCCGUACUACCCGGAAAGCGACAUCACUAUGAUCAGCGUGGGAAACGAAGUGAUAAGCUCCGGCGACGAGGCCCUCAUUUUGCAGCUUCUCCCGGCGAUGCGAAAUGUCCAGAAAGCCCUCGACUCCGUAUCGCUCCGCGGCAAAAUAAAAGUUACGACGGUGCAUGCAAUGGCCCUUUUGGCCGAAUCGGGUCCUCCCUCUUCCGGGUCAUUCGACCCGCGUCUCGUGGAUACGCUCCAACAGUUGCUGGCUUUUAAUAAGGAUAACGAAUCACCCUUCGCCAUCAACCCUUACCCGUUUUUUGCUUACCAGACCGACCCGACACCCGAAACGCUCGCGUUUUGCUUGUUCCAGCCGAAUUCGGGUCGGGUCGACUUGGGUAGCGGGAAGCUUUAUAAAAACAUGUUCGACGCUCAGGUGGAUGCUGUGCACGCUGCUUUGAGCCAUAUGGGGUUCGAGGACAUUGAGAUUGUGAUUGCUGAGACAGGAUGGCCCUCUAGUGGGGACAGCAAUGAAGUAGGAGCAAGUGUUGAAAAUGCCAUGGCCUAUAAUAGGAACCUCAUUGCACACCUUAGAUCAUUGGUUGGCACUCCUUUGAUGCCUGGAAAAUCUGUAGACACAUUCAUUUUUGCACUCUAUAAUGAGGAUUUGAAACCUGGUCCUGCUUCUGAGCGAGCAUUUGGUUUGUACAAAACUGAUCUUACCAUGGCAUAUGAUGUUGGCCUACUCAAGUCUAACACUAGUGGACAAAUGAAUCCACCAGUUACUCCUAAAACACAAUGGUGCGUUCCAAAAGUGGGAGUGAGUGAGGCUCAAUUGCAGGCAAAUAUUGAUUAUAUAUGUGGUAGCAAAAUUGUUGAUUGUGGAGCAAUUGAAGCAGGAGGUGCUUGUUAUGAACCUAACACAAUAAUAUCUCAUGCUGCCUUUGUAAUGAAUCUCUACUUCCAGGAGGCUGGAAGAAAUCCAUGGAACUGUGAUUUCUCUCAAACAGCAAUCGUUACAUCCCAAAAUCCAAGUUACAAUACUUGUGUUUAUCCUAAUGGGAGUACCUGAAAAAGGUUCAAGUAGAUGUCAACUAAACAAAAUAUUUAAUACUAGAAUAAGGCUCUAUCAUUUGCCCUCUUUUAUUUACGGUCUAUCAAUUGUAAAUGGAUGUCAAACCACGUUUAUUUGUGUGUGGUAUAUCCUACUUUUAGGUGUCACAGUUCCUUGUUUCCUUCAAUUAUUUUAUGAGCCCACUAUCCUAUAUUUAUUCAAUUAAAUGUGAUUGUGCCGGAAUAUUUCCCAUGUUGUAUUUUGAGAACAUUUGAA